CUUUCACAAUUCAGAGGUGAGAAAACAGAGCGAAAGAUUUCGCAUCUGAGAGACAAAAGGAGAGAGAGAGAGAGAGAGACAAAGAGACAGUGCUGCUAGUAGCGGAUCUGAAACCAGCGCUAACAGUUUUGUUGAAUUCGAUCGCUGUCUCGCCGUAAAUUCAAAAUGUCCGGUCGCCACGAGAAAGAGAAGGGAGUCAAUGUUCAGGUUCUUCUUCGUUGCAGGCCAUUUAGCGAUGAAGAGUUGCGGAACAAUGCCCCGCAGGUUGUUACUUGCAAUGAAUACCACAGAGAAGUGGCCGUGUCGCAGAACAUUGCUGGGAAGCACAUAGAUAGGGUUUUCACUUUUGAUAAGGUUUUUGGCCCAUCUUCUCAGCAAAAAGAUCUUUAUGAGCAAGCAGUGAUUCCAAUAGUGAAUGAAGUUUUGGAAGGCUUCAACUGUACUAUUUUUGCCUAUGGUCAAACUGGUACGGGCAAGACGUAUACCAUGGAGGGUGAAUGCAAAAGGUCAAAGAGUGGGCCCAAUGGAGAAUUGCCUCCUGGGGCUGGAGUUAUCCCCAGGGCUGUCCAGCAGAUUUUUGAUACCCUUGAGAGCCAGAAUGCGGAGUAUAGUGUGAAAGUUACAUUUUUAGAACUUUACAAUGAGGAAAUUACAGAUCUACUUGCCCCAGAGGAAAUUUCUAGAGUUGCUUUGGAGGAGAAGCAAAAGAAGCAGUUGCCUUUGAUGGAGGAUGGGAAAGGAGGAGUCCUUGUUAGAGGUUUGGAGGAGGAAAUUGUUACUAGUGCUAGUGAGAUUUUUACCCUGCUUGAAAGAGGGUCUGCAAAACGUCGCACUGCUGAAACUUUGUUAAACAAACAAUCAAGUCGAUCACAUUCUCUCUUUUCCAUUACAAUCCACAUUAAAGAGGCAACACCAGAAGGUGAAGAGCUAAUCAAAUGUGGAAAGUUGAAUCUUGUAGAUUUGGCUGGGUCAGAAAAUAUAUCUCGAUCUGGAGCUCGAGAGGGUCGUGCAAGAGAAGCUGGGGAAAUUAAUAAAAGCUUAUUGACCUUGGGGCGAGUAAUCAAUGCUUUGGUUGAACAUCUUGGGCAUAUCCCCUACAGGGAUAGCAAGCUCACACGGUUACUUCGAGACUCGCUUGGUGGAAGAACCAAGACAUGCAUCAUAGCUACAGUUUCACCUGCUGUCCACUGUCUGGAGGAAACCCUAAGCACACUUGAUUAUGCACAUAGGGCAAAAAAUAUAAAGAACAAGCCUGAGGUGAACCAGAAAAUGAUGAAAUCAACUCUUAUCAAGGAUCUUUAUGGUGAAAUUGAACGCCUCAAGGCAGAGGUUUUUGCUGCACGUGAGAAAGUUGGUGUAUACAUUCCGAAGGAGAGAUACUAUCAGGAGGAGAGUGAAAGGAAGGCCAUGGCUGAUCAGAUUGAGCAGAUGGGGCUUGUGCUGGAAACCAAUCAAAAGCAAAUUGAGGAGUUGCAAGAUAAAUAUAAUACUCAGGUUCAGCAAUGUACUGAUUUGAGCAACAAACUGGAUGCCACUGAAAGAAACUUGAACCAAACCAGUAAACUACUCUCCAAUUGUGAGGAAGAAUUAAGAAAAUGCCGAUAUGCUUUAAAGGAACGAGAUUUUAUUAUUUCUGAGCAAAAAAAAGCAGAAAAUGCUUUAGCUCAUCAAGCCUGCGUUUUACGAUCUGACUUGGAGAAAGCACUACAUGAUAAUGCUUCACUAUUUUCAAAAAUUGGUAGAGAGGAAAAGUUGAAUACUGAGAAUAGAUCUGUGGUGGACAAUUAUCAAUUAGAGCUUUCAGAACAAAUCAGUUCUCUUCGGAAUAUUGUUUCAAAAUCGAUGUCUCGUCAAAGUGAACACAUUCAGUGUGUUGAGAAAUUCUGUCAUUCUUUUAUAGACACACAAGAUAGGGCUGUUAUGGACUUGAAGAAAAAAGUUCAAUCUUCAAGGGCUUUGUAUCUAUCACAUAUUGAGGCAGUGCAAAAUGUUGUUCGCUUGCACAAGGCAAGCUCAAAUGCUUCUUUAGAGGAAAUUUCAUCCUUGGCUGCUGCAAAUGCUCAUUCUAUUGAAGAAUUUCUAGAGUCAAAUUCCAGUAAAGCAUCCUCAAUAUUUGAUGAUCUUCAAAGUUGUCUGUCAACUCAGCAGGGUGAAAUGGUAGUCUUUGCAAGGGAGUUGCGACAGAGAUUUCAUGCCAGUAUUGAACAAACAAAGAGCAUAUCUGAGUACUCUCAAGGAUUUUUGCAUAAGCUUUUGCAAGAAUCAAAAAUACUUGAAGAUCAUGUGACAACAGUUAAUGAUUUUAAAAUGAAAAGCAUUGAUGAAUUUCAGAAGGCCUAUGAGGAGCAGUCAAAGUCGCAUGCGGAGAAUCUUAUUGCUAGUAUUACUAAUUUAAUAUCCAAUCACAGUUGUGAACAAAAAGAGAUGGUGUAUGCCAAGCUUGAUGGUCUAAGGGACAGUGCAAUUGCAGAUAAAGCGUUCUUUGAUAGUCAUAUUUCUUCAGUGGGGGGUAUUACUUCAGAUGCAAAACGAAAAUGGCAAUCAUUUUCAGCACAAGCAGAAAAGGAUGCGAAAGAUGGUGAAGAUUACUCUGCUGCAAAGCAUUGUCGCAUGGAAGUUCUUCUACAACAAUGUGUAAGUACAGCUGAUUCAGCUUUUAAGCACUUGAAGAGGACACAGGAAACUGUAAAUGAGAUUGAGAGCAAAAGCGUAUUGACUCUUGCCGAACAUAUCAGGAAUGCUUCUGAUUGCAAUGAACAACAUGAUGUUGAGAUCACUUCUGCAAGGGUUGCUGCUGAGGAAGAUGUAGCAAAGAAUGCCGAGGAUUUCCUUCAGCACGUUAAUGGCAUGUAUGCAGAGGAGCGAGGAUCUAUUUCUGCAAUCUUAGACACUGUAAGAGAUCAUUCAAACACGAUUGAGACAUUCAGGGAGGAUCACUCUGGCCAAGCUGCGUCAAUUGAGAAAAAGGCACAGGAAACAUUCCGGAAUCAAUACAUGGAUUAUGAUCCUAGCGGCACCACACCAACAAGAUCUGAGCAGGACAUUCCGUGCAAGAAGACGAUUGAGUCUCUUCGAGCCAUGCCAAUGGAGGCUCUUGUUGAAGAGUUUAGGGAAAAUCAUUCGUAUGAUUCUUUUGAUGGGAAAGAGUUAAAGCCCUCACUCAUCCCACGCUCGCCUCUUACCCUACUCAACUAAUCUUGCCCUGUGGUUUAAGCUUCAUUAAUUUGUAUCUGUAUUAUCCAAGUCUGUACUGUUAUUAUUUGCCGUUUGAAAAUUUUAAGAGGUAAAAAGCAGGUGGUAGAUGGGGGGAUGCAUCUGCUUAUUUCUAGUUUGAAGGUAAAUCAAAUAAAUCCCGUCUUGGGAUUUACCAAAUCUGUAGCUCCUUUACAGGAAUGUAUAUUUAGGUAGAGCACACAUGUGGUUAAAGCUUUAAUCACUACAUACAAUUUCUGUAAUUCUUCUUUCUUUUUCUUUAUGUGACGCCACCUUUAUUAGAUUAAUAUUACAAUUUGGCCAUUUGUUUA